CGGGUGGAGUCGCCAGGAAGCUCGCCCGGGCCUCGCGGGCUGGAUAGGAGCCCGCCCAGAGGAGGCGCCGGGCCGAAGCCGUCCCAGGCUUGGCUCGGUGGGAAAAGUGGGCCGGGCGGGAUGAGGGGCCUGGAGAGGGGGAGAGAAGGGCUCCGAGUCCUCCCGGCGGUGGGCUGGGUCCGAGGCCCGCGGACGGCCUGCGGUGGGGCCCUGGGUUCGAGGUCGCCCGCCGCUGACCAGCUCUGUCCCGGGCUCUGGGGCCUCAGUUUCCCCCCCACGCGUGGAUCAGGGGCGGCUUCGCGGACCGCCGGGUGCCCUAGGAACUACAUAGUCAAAGGGUUACACCGAGAGGCUGGACGAGAGGCCCCCGCCCUCUUGCUGUGAGCUCUGCUGUUCUUAUGGGAGCCAUGAAGCUGAAUGAGAGGAGCGUGGCCCACUACGCGCUGAGCGACUCCCCCGCCGACCAUACGGGCUUUCUGCGCACCUGGGGCGGGCCAGGGACUGCACCGACCCCCAGUGGCACCGGCCGGAGGUGCUGGUUUGUCCUCAAAGGCAACCUGCUCUUCUCCUUUGAGAGUCGGGAGAGCCGGGCCCCGCUGAGCCUGGUGGUGCUGGAGGGCUGCACGGUGGAGCUGGCCGAGGCUCCCGUGUCCGAGGAGUUCGCCUUCGCCAUCUGCUUCGACGCCCCUGGUGUGCGCCCACACCUGCUGGCAGCCGAUGGGCCCGCGGCGCAGGAGGCCUGGGUGAAGGCCCUGUCCAGGGCCAGCUUUAGCUACAUGCGCCUGGUGGUGCGCGAGCUGGAGAGCCAGCUGCGCGAGGCCCGCCACAGCCUGGCUCUGCAUCGCCACUCAUCCUGGAAGGCCAUUGGCAGCCACUGUAAGCCCCAGGCUCCUGACCGCCGGUCUCCAGGCCUGGAAAACGGUCACUCCCCCUCCAAGGACUGCAGCCCCGUGGACUCGGUUGAAGAAAGAGGCAGCAAGCUAGCAGGGCAGGGCUUGGCCGAGUGGCAGGGCCCGGCCAGCCUCUUCCUGGACAGGAGGCAGAGCCCCGCGUUCCCUGAGACCUCCUACUUUUCUACUCUGCACAACUGGUACGGCCAGGAGAUCACGGAGCUGAGGCAGAGGUGGCUGCGGAGGGUCUGGGGGAGCCAGCCAGCUCGGGAGAAACAGGAUGGGCCCUGAGCCUCAGCCCUUGGGGCUUCUGCCCUUAUCCUGCUGGUCAGGAUUCAGUGUUUAUUCGGUUUCAAGUUGCUUUUUUUUGAGAGGGUUCUUUCCUUCCUGCUUUUUAGUCCUUCUCCAGGUUCCAGAUCCAGCCUCGUGCCUGGAUGGGACUGAGGAAUCAUUCUUUCCAGCACCUUUAUUUCCUGAGGCCCAGAGAGGAAGGGGGCUUGCUUGGUAGCCAUGGAGCGUGACCAAGUCUCCUGCCGCUCUGCUGGACUGCCCCUCUGGCAGGGGACACUAGUCAAAUGGUGGGAAUGGGGACUAUUAUGUGGCCAUAGAAUGCUACCUACACACCAGACUCUACAACCAUAACUUCCGACACAGGGAGCCUUAUGUACAUUUAAAUACCAGAAGUUGGCUCAAGUGUUGGCUUGGGGAACUGACAGCAUCAGAGAAAGUAGGUUUAUUGCCAUAGGGGUUUCUGGGGCCAGUUGCUUCCUGAGAGGUGGGGCAUAGGACCCCCUCCCCUCUGCAGUUUGGGUGGGGCCCUUUGGAGGGAGAGGGCCUUCAGCCAGCAAAAGGGGAUUGAUUCUGCUCAGAAAGUGUCCGGGUCCUCAGGUUCUCUCCCUGGCUGCCCUGUCUAUAGAUGGUGCUGGUCAUGGCCCCAGGAAGGACUGGUGGCAGAAAUCCUUCCUGUGUUCUGCCCUGAGCGGCUGGCUCUGGGAGCUGCCAGGUGGGAAGCUAAAGGAGGGGAGGCACAUGGGGCUCCCUGGGGAAGCCAGGCUGUUAUUUUGGUUCUCAGUCCGGGUCAUUCUAGAAGCUUGGACGCAGGAUUCCCAGCAAGCACCUGGGAUAAACUCUUUCCUCCUAACUGUGCUAAGAGCCACUCCCGAUCCCGCACCUGGCCUGGGAACUCAUUGACGGUCCCGCUGGUCAGCCAGUGCGUGUCUGCCAAGACCCUGUCUUUGCUACUCUCGGCAGCUCGGUGCCACGCGUUUUCUCUAUUGUUGAGGGAGGACCCGCCUGAGCCCCAGGGUGUGGCCGCAGCGGCUGGAUGGGCGAUCCCGAGGCGGUCAAGGCAGGCCCCCUCUGCCUGCACGCAAUCGGCCCCUUCUUAGCCUUGGGUACACUGCCCAGGGUCCGAGUAGGUCUAGAGGCUUCCGCUCAGCCCAAGACCAGGCCGCCGGGAGGCCACCAGGGUCCGGAACCCGUUCCUGCGGGCUUGUUCCCAGGAAGAGGGGCUGGAGGAGCCCCCGGCCCACUGCGCCUUGUUUUAUACUCGGACACUACAGGCUUUCGUUCUCGUUCUUACGGUCACAGUGUUUUUUAUACGAGUAAAACACUUAGUUUUUAUUACUCA